UAAUCUCUAGGAGAAAAAUAAAGUUGCCUGUCUUCACCGCAGCUUCGGGGAGAGAAACUGAAAUAAAGCCGAACUUUUUCACGCCUGGAACAUAAAUCAAAACUCCACAGAACGAUGUGGGUUUGACCCAGAAUCGCAGAGCAAAUGGGACGUAUGGAGAAACGGCGUCUCUGGGUGACUCUGGUCUGGACGGACUGACGUGUCGGUUGCUUCCUUUCAGUAUUUGGACCCAUCGUAAGACAGGAAUGAGGAAAACAGAAUGGGUUUUCAACGAUGGCUCGUCGUUCCAUUGUCCUUCUGGGACACACAGGAGUCGGUAAAAGUGCUUCAGGAAACACAAUUUUAGGACGAACAGCGUUUGAAUCAAGGCGCACCUUCAUAUCUGUGACCACCGAGAUAAAGGAAGAAACGGACACGGUGUUUGGCAGAGAGGUCUCAGUGAUCGACACUCCAGGGAUCCUGAGUGAAGGCAUAGAGACGGAGAUCCAAACCUUCUGCAAGGAGAACCUGGAUUCCUCAUCCUGCCUGUUUCUGGUUGUAGUUAAAAUAGAUCGAUUCACUAAGGAGCAGCAGAAAGCAGUGGACACCACCAUCACAGUUAUUGAACCAUACGGACUGGACCAAGCGUACUUGCUCUUCACUGGUGCCGAUCAUUUAGACGGGACACUUGAGGAGUUUAUCAACAAAGAAGAAAAAUCUCCAGAAUCUCCACUUCAGAGGAUCGUUCGAAAGUUUGAAGGAAGAUACUUUAGCUUCAACAACAUAAAUGGAGGACCGGAUCAGGUCAAAGAACUGCUCCAGAAGACAGGUAUCCUGUCUGCGCCUGAAAGUCUGGAGAAGAGAAAGAUUGUUCUGUAUGGACUCAGUGGAGCCGGGAAGACUUCAUCAGGAAACACCAUUCUGGGAUCAAAAAAGUUCAAGUCAGAAUGUGGCUUUGAAUCCAGUAUCAAGAUGUGUGUCAGCAUGUCAGCCAUAAUAGGAAGUCAGGAAAUCACAGUGAUGGACACUCCAGGUGUGGAUGACAGCAGCAGGCCUCCUCAGGAAGUAGCUGUGGACAUAUUGAAGGCAUUACAUAAAAAACAUGUCCAUGCCUUGGUCAUAGUGGUAAAGAUUGGUCAACUUUCUAAAGAAGAUUGUAGCUUUCUUCAGUAUUUCCCAUCCAUGUUUGGCCCUGAUGCUUUAAGGUCUACUAUGGUGCUUUUUACUCAUGGAGAUGGUCUAGGAGGGGAGCGCUUUGAGGAGAAGAUCGGGGCCAGCAGAGACGUUUCUGAAUUGUUAAAACGGUGCGAAGGGAGAUACUGUGUGUUCGACAACACCCAGAGUAGAAACCGGCAGCAGGUUAGAAACUUCCUUCAGAUAGUCGAUAAGAUGGUUCAACAAAAUGGAGAACAACACUGUGACAGAUUAAAGCCCACGCCUUUUCCACAAAGCUCACAGUCCAGGUCUGGUGGAAAUGCUCCAUCCGGUUAUGGGUCAACUGAUCCUAGGUCACCUGGUGAAGAAUCAUCAGACGAAAGCAUUUCCAGUUCUUGUUGCCUUUGUCAGUGUCUCAGAUAUUUGUUUUGUGGAUGUUGUCAAUCAGGGCGAAAUGGCUACGAGUCAAUUAAUUAAAGAGCAUUUCAUAAAGACUUAUGCUCCUACUUUAUUGCUUUUUUUAUUCUUGGACAGCUACGAUACGUAACCAAGCCAACAAGGUGUUGUUUUCCAAACAUGGAGAAGCAGCAUUCAGCUACUGUGCACCACAGAUCUGGAACAAACUUUCAGAAAACUGAAAAACAGCCAAAACACUGAGUUCCUUUAAAUCAGGACUAAAACCAGCUGGUUGAUUUUGGUCUCUGCUGUCUGGAUGUUGAUCUGUCAGUGUGUCAUAACAAUCAUACAGCAACUGUCUUCAGUCAGAGGCCUCUUUAGAUUAGCUGCAACACUGACUGCUACUGGAGACCGUUCCUGUCCACAGACUCACCAUCCACAACUCUUUGAAGAUGCUCAGAUGAUUUGAGUUUCAACAUUUAAUUCCCUUCACAACAAAUAAAGAACUUUUGAACUGA